UGACUUCGUAGUAUGUCGAAUGCGUCCCUGACCGAAUUGAUUAAGAUGACUGCAACAUCCGGUUUCAAUUGAGUCAAUAUGAUUGUGACAUUAGCAAUGUUUUUACGACUGUAAAUAUUUUUUGUAUAUUGGUUGAUCCAGAUCAAGAUGUGGUUUCAUCGUACACAGCAGAAGAAAUUACCGUGGAAACGACUGGAAUACAAUUUAACUUUGUACAAACGCAUGAAAAAGAGCUGAUGACCAACUUCAACUUGGAGUCGGAAUCAGUUGAGGAUUUAACUGACGAUGACCAACCAUUGCCUGAGGAAGAUUUUGAUUUGCAGUGUGAUCAAUUAGAGGACCUUCAUAUUACAAAUGAGGAAGAGCAUUCUUUAGAUCAGGAUGCAGAAGACAAUGAUGUUGAUUCGGAUCCACUCUAUCCUGGGGCCGCAGUGACAUUAGGCGCAUUUAUGCUGCUGCUGGCCAUAUUUACUACCAAGUAUAAUCUGAUUGGAGAGGCAACAGAACAACUCCUUAAGAUCUUGGCCUUGGCCCUCCCACAUGGUCAUAAACUCUGUGCAUCUUUAUAUGAAUUUAAGUUAUUUUUCAAGAAUCUGAGGAAUCCACUUGUUCGUCACUACUACUGUAAUUACUGUCUUGGAUAUAUAGAAAACACUACUGUGCAAAGCUGUCCUUAUGAAUUUUGCAAAUCUAAAUUCAGUGUUAAAAAUAACUCCUAUUUCAUUGAAAUGCCUUUAGAACACCAAAUAAAAAAUUUAUUUGCCCAGAAAGAUUUUUAUGAAAGUUUAGGACAUAGAUUCAAAAGGAAAUCCUGUGAUAACACCUAUGAAGAUAUCUAUGAUGGGAAAUUAUACAAGCAAUUAAGUGAAAAUAAUGGAAUUUUGAGUUUUCAAGAAAACAUAUCUUUUACUUUCAAUACUGAUGGAGCUCCUGUUUUUAAAAGCAGCAAGACAGCAAUUUGGCCGAUUUACCUCGUCAUUAAUGAAUUACCCUACAAGCAGAGGAUGCUGAAGGAUAACAUGAUACUAGCAAGCCUGUGGUAUGGAAGCAAAAAACCAUCAAUGGGGACAUUUUUAAAACCAUUUCUAAAUUCGCUACAGAAAAUGAAAGAAGGUAUUAAAUGUACAUCACCUGAAAGAGGCCAGUUUCUGUGUAGAGGUCUCUUAUUGUGCGGAACAGCUGACCUCCCAGCCAGAAGUUUGCUCUGUAAUCAUGUCCAAUAUAACGGAGCAUUUUCUUGUUGGAAAUGUGAACAAGAAGGUGAGACGGCUUCUGUAGGGCGUGGUCAUGCGAGGAUAUUUCCAUUCCAAAGUGAAGAACCCAAAGGACCGAUACGAACAAAGAAAAACGUUUUAGAAAAUGCCAGGAUAGCAGUAGAAGACCAACACAUUGUAAUGGGAAAGCCAGUUAAAGGUAUAAAGGGACCAUCAUGGCUUUUCUUUGUGCCUAAUUUUAACAUAGUAUCUGGCAUUGCCAUUGACUACAUGCAUGGUGUCUUAUUAGGGGUGCAGAAGAUGCUAUUAGAACUAUGGUUUAGUGAGAAGCACAAAGGGAAAGCUUAUAAUUUUUGCAACAGUGUUUGUGAAGUAGAUUUGAGGCUUCAAAAUAUUAAACCUACUCUGGACAUUACAAGACUUCCGCGAUCUAUAGAAAAAGACUUGAAAUAUUGGAAGGCAUCUGAAUAUAGAUCAUUUUUGUUAUUUUUUGGUGCUCCAGUUCUGCAUGGAAUUUUAGACAUGCAAAGAUUUUCUCACUUCCUGUUGCUUGUAGACUCGAUGCACAUUCUUCUGAAAUUCGGCUCAAACGAAAAAGAUUUAGAGAGAGCUGAAAUGCUUUUAUUUGAGUUUUGUAGGCGUUUAGAAGAAUUGUAUGACCGAUGUUUCUUAAGAUUAAAUGUCCAUCAACUGCUCCAUUUACCAGAUUGUGUUAGGGAUCUUGGCCCUCUCUACACCCAUAGCUGCUUCUCUUUUGAAAGUAAAAAUGGAAUUAUUUUAAAAAUGAUCAGAGGGAGUCAGAGUAUCGAUACUCAGAUAAUAACUGCAAUAUCAUUUAUACAAAAGCUUCCUGAAUUAAAACAAAAAUGUGUUGCAGAAAAUUCAGAGGUUGAUAAAUUAUGCAAAGCUAUUCAAGAGCCAUCUUUGCUUAAGAGGGGUCAAAAACUGGGGAAGGGGAUAUACAUUCUUGGUGCUCCAUGCAAUAGAGUAUUAAAAAAUGUUGAGACUGCUGCACUCCAAGAUUAUUUGAAACAUGACCCUGCUUGUGAUACAUAUAGAAGUUUUAACAGAGUAGAAUAUGGAUCAUAUAUAAUUUAUGGCACUGAAUAUUCUAGAAUGAUCAAAAGAAACAAUUCAGCAAUUUGUUACAAUGGAAAGAAUGAUAUUAGCUUUGGAGAAGUUAUGUUUUUUAUUCUGUUUGAGGAUAACACUGCAGGUAUGACAAAACCUCUUGUAAUCAUUAAGAAAUUAAUUUGCAGAAAUUACAAUGUUAACUCUAAUAUCUUAGCAGUUACUGGUACAAAUGAUGUUGAAGUUGUUGAUAUAAAUGACAUACUGUCAAGUUGUAUGCUUGUGUCUUUUCCUGGAGGGCAGACCUCAUUCAUUUGUAAAUUUCCAAACAGAUUAGAAUCUGACUGAAAUUAUCAAGAAUUAUAUGUAGCUCAGAGUUUGUGUAUUUUAAGAAGAUUAUUGAACUAAAUGUUUUUAUGUGGACUAUGUUUCUCACUGAUCAUAUGUUUUUUUGUGUUUGAAAUAUAUUUCCAUGUAAUUCUGUGUCAUUCUUCCACAAUCAAGAAACCCAGUGUUGGAGAAAUGUACAAAGUUUGACGCCAUAUUAUAAAAUUGUGAUUUUUUGGUGGAAACAACAUUCCAAAAAUAAAAAUAAAACAAUUAAUAUUAUUGAAAUCAGAUAAGUCUUGUAUUUUUUUUUUUUUUUUUUUUUUUACAAUUUACCUGUACUUUACAAAUGUUAUCACAUAACUUAAAACUCAAGUUUAGUUAGUAUGUUAUUUGAAUACCAGGGGAUUAUACUUUGUUAAUAUCAGCAAAGGUCAUUUUAUGAAAAUGCAAAGAUUUGACCUGUCUGAUCAACAAAAUUAACU